GACAUGACGAUACGGUCCGAGACUGGGUUGACUGUGAUCUCGAUGAGCUGAAUCCUUUGUUUAAAUGUAGUUUAUUCCUGAGAAAAACACGUAGCAUCUCAUAAUUUUAAAAUAUGUUUUAAUUUAUACAAUAAUAACAAAGGUGCUGUCUUUACUAGUGUCUACAGAACUGCGUCGUCAAGAAUACGAUGCGAAAUAGAAACUCAUGAAAAAUGACGAUAAUUUUUCCAGGUUGAACAUGCUGCAUAGUUAAGAAAGUAAAACAGGAAAUAUUGGUAUCCAAGAUGUCGUCAUCUGCAGGCCAGCUGGUUCCGCAGUCCACCCGGGCGCCUCCCAACAUGACCAUCAAGUUCAGCGGGCCGCACAUUGAAGGCUCCUUCUGCACCUCCAUUGAUUACAAUUAUGACCCCAUUAUAAGUGUCAUUUGUGCUAUGUACAUUGUUUUUGGAAUUGUUUACACAUUAUUUGGUUACCGAUGUUUUAAAGCCAGCAUGUUCCUGACAGGAUUCACUUUUGGUUCAACAAUAGUUUACUUGAUUUGUCUCCAGGAUCACCUUAUGCCGCCAUAUGGGAAUGUUUGUGUGGCACUGUGCGCCGGGCUACUGUUCGGGCUCAUCACUAUGCUGAUACAGUAUGUGGGCCUGUUCAUGACCGGCUUCCACACGGGACUUCUGCUGGCACUCGCUGGACUUGCCAUCUAUGACCAUUUUCUCGACAAUAAGCCUACUACGUAUUGGCUCUGCGUCGUGGCUUUGCUCGGUUCCGGCAUAUUCUUCGCGGUCAUCAAUUUGUACUGGAAAAAAGUGGUGACGAUUUUCGGCACGGCGGUGUACGGCGGCGCUGUGAUCGCCACGGCGCUGGACUACUUCCUCGAGAGAAUGAUGAUGCUCAAGUGGCUAUGGGAGCGCGCGAAGUUGGAGCCAGUGGUGGCGCCGCCGUGCCGGCUGUCGUGGCUUGCGCUGGCGGCCUGGCCGGCGGCCGCGCUGCUCGGCCUGUUCGCGCAGGCCGCUCUCACCGCCUCCGGGAUCUACCAUGAGCAGAGUAUAGGAGCGCAGAAGCGGCGGCUGAAGGCGCAGCAGACGCGGCCGGUGACGCGCGAGCAACGCGCAGAGAUGAAGCAGCGCAAGUACCGCUACCUGUACCAGGUGCGCACCGCGCACGGCGACGUCAUAUCUCAGUCGUACGUGCAAGCGCUGCAGAAGAAGGCUCAGUGCGGCAACUGGAGCGGCGGCGGCGAGUGCAGCACGCUGCAGAGCGACUCGACGCACCUCACCGUGCUGGCCCCGUCCGAGCACGCGCCGCCCACGGACUCCGACGAUGACCUCAACCAGAUCCGCCCCGCUCACUAACCGAACGCCGGUGGCAAGUACACAAGCGAGGUGAGCAAUUCCCAUUCUAUGUAUCCAGUAUUAUUGUGAAGCACUCAUAUUUAUUAGUGGUUAUAAUUAUUAAUCGUAUUUGUAUUUAAUGUGACUUUAUUAUUGUAUUAUCAAUUUAUCAAUUACAAUUGACGCGUAUUUGUCAAUUGGGGGUUCAAGAGGUUCUGACUUUGAUAAUUGUAUACCUGUUUUAAUAUUAUACAUUUCGCUGACCUGACACUGCCAUAGUUCUAUGAUCAGUACGAAAUAAAAUGACUGUACUACAUCUCUGGUCAAGAGUAUCCACAUGAUUUGUUAAUAGUGUAUUGAUUAAAAACAAUAUGAUAUUAAUUUGACAUUGGUUAUCAAGCCAAUGAAAAAAAUAAUUUAUUACUAUAAAUCAGUAGGUAAUCUUUCUUGUAUUGUUUAUUUCUUAUUAUUAUUCCAGGAAACUUUAUAAAAUAUACUAUUGAUCAUGGAUGUACACCUCAACAUAACUCUUAUAGGAGUGAUUCAGAAUAAUGUCUAAAUAUGUACAGUCAACCAAUUGGAACCUAGGCCACUGUAGAACUAUGUCAUAGUGACGUUAUAAAUCAGAUUGUAAAUCUCUUACUGCUUGUCACUUUGAUAUGGUAGUAGACUGGCCUAGGGUUCCAAUUGGUUGACUGUACAUACCACAUGUAUCUUUCUCUUCGAGGAUCAGAUGUAUUGUAGGAUCCGUUUUUAUUAUAUUUUCCUUUAUUUGCAAAUUUAAAGAAAUGGGCUUGAACCCCUUUUCUAUGAUAUGGUUGUGUUUGUAAGUUAUUUUCCCGAAGUGUAAUUUGAAAUGUGACAAAUAAGUACUGUAUCGUCGUUUAAGUAAAAGGGGAAUUAGCUAAUUAAAUGUCAAUAUUGGAUACCAAACGUCACGUGCAAAUAAGUGAGGCCUAAAUUGAAUUCACAGCUGAAGCCUCAUUAUGUCAAGGCCUUCUUGAACAAUAAGUGUAAGCUGAGAAAAUGCACGAAACUGUUUAACAAAUCUGGAUAAUAGAUUUGUUUCAUAUUAUUUCUGAUAUUUGCUAAAAUUUUUGGCAUCGUUAAGUUGGCAUUUCAGAAUGAUUUAUGAAUUAUGAAUAUAUGAAUGUAUGUUCUAUGACAAGAAUAUAGAAAAAAAUGCUUUAAUGACUUUUUGUUAUAGAUGGAAAGCUUUAAUUUUAGUUUUUUUUUGAAAGCACAUUGCGAAUUGGAUGUGAUGAACGGGUAACUUCUUAAAAGAGUGUAGAAUAAGUGAAACUGUGUAAUAAAAUUAUAUUUUACAUGAAAAAUAUGUAUAACAUGAAUCGUACACUCGUGAAACUAUUAAGAAACAGGUUUGUUGUGUUUUAAAUAUUUAUUGGUAAUUUAUAUUUAUGUUGGUAAAUGCAAAGCAUAAGAUGAAGCAUCGGACUCGAAGUUCGGUGUUCUCAGAAUAGCCGCAAAUACCGCAACCGUUUUAAUGAAACCUGCUGGUCCCACCUCGGCGGUCUCGGCACUGUGCCCGAGAACCAGAGUUAUGCGACCAGCAGCUGUAGCGGUGGCGACCAGCUCCAUUAGCUUGUGAUAAUUAUAUUUUCCGCCAAAGUUUAUUUUAGUUAACUUGUUGGUCAUGAAGCUCAAAAAUAUUUUUUGAUACUGUGGUUACUAUUUCUCAAAGAGCAAUUUAUUUGUUUGCGAUUAUAUUUAUUAGUCUCUACGUUUAGUUUUAUCAAAAUCAACUGUCAAGUAAAAUCGAGCUAUAUCUUCUACAGAAUAAGAGCAUGUACAUAAAUCUAUAUUGUUUAAGAGAUAGAGGUAGCUAGCAUUAGGAAAGGUAAGUUGGCGUAUGACGUUCAGUAAUGUAAUUCUUCUAUUUAGAACCUUGUCCACUUAAUCGCUCAAUUUCUAGUCUUAUUGUUUAAAAUCAACAUGAUUAAUGUUAGUUACGAGGGUUUAAACCUUUGCAUGAGUUUCUUUUAACUGUAUGAAACAUAAUAUGUACAUUUUAAGUUUAAUCAUAUUUAUCUAUGUCUACCAGUGUUCCGCUUAUGUUCUUAAGCAUGUAGUUCCGUGCAAUAGUGACUGGUUUUGUGCAAUUAUGAAAUAGUAGUAGGUAAAUAUACCGACAGAACGUCGUCGUGGUCACAUGAACCUAACUUUAUUUUCAUGUUACUUUAGCGCUGUUAGUUCAUGGUAUAGCGUGCAUUUUACUCGCAAGAUAAGUUUGGUGAUCGUCCGACAUAUUUAUCAAUACUAAGUAGGCGACGUUUAACAAGAAAAGUAUAAUACAGUCGGUCACGGGUCAACCAAAUCUUGGCACUAAAUAAAUGAUGAGAAAUUUAAAUUUUCCAUUGGAAUAAAAACGUUUGCCUCUAGAUUUUAAAUCAAUUUCUAAAUCACGUCAUGGUUUAGGAAGGCACGCGUUUUAUGAAGGCAAUUGGCCGGUAAGCCCUAAAUUUUUAAAAUCUGCCGCCUUUUUUAGUGCCAAGAUUUGGUUGACCGUCUAUAUGGGAUUUGUUUGGUGAAACUUUAAAUUGUAUUCGUACAUCUACCGACAAAUCACCAAAUGACGGUAACAAAAUUACUACAGAUGGAGUGCGAAAAGGAUUCCUUCGUAUUUUUCGGAAACGUUCGUAUUUGUUAUGCUAGUUCAGUCAAUGUCAGUACAUCUUGUACUGAGACUGACUGAAAUAGCAUGACACGUUCGUACGUUUGCGUAACAAUACGAAGGCAAAUCUUUUCUCACUACAUCUGUACAUAAUAUAUAUCUCGUUUACAAUAGAAACUGAAUAAUUGUGUAGUCAAUGUACCUAUAUGAUAGUUUAUCUGUGAGAUAAAUAAUAAGUAAUAACCUCCCAGCUUAGUUUGUUAGAAAUUUGAAACUAUUUAUUAAAUUUUCGUUUUUAUUUUAUAGUUGUUCCUGUAGUUUGACUGUUUUUGAUAUUUACAUUCCUUUUAUUAUUUAAUUUUUGUUUCAUUUUAUUAUUGAAUAACCUAUCAUGUGUCUAUAAUAGUAAUUUAAAUAUAAAAUAUGCCCUACAGUAAUAUUACUAAUGUUUUACUCGGUUUCGAAAAUGGAUAAGGAAUGUCACAUUAGACAGAUGUGCGUUUCAGUAGAGAAGAAGGGUCCUUUUGCACUUGAAACAUAGUACCUUUGGGCAUAGAACGCCACACUUUAGCUUCAAGAUAUUUUCAACGAACCCGAAAGAGCCUAUUCGUAAAACCUAAUACAAUGUACCUAGUAAUAAUUAUCCACAUCUCAACUUAAUAAUCUGUAUUUUGAUUAUCUUAUCUGCCUAGCGUUACGUAGUAUUGAUGCCCAUAAAAUACAAUUACCCAUAUUAUAUGUUAUAUUUACCUAUAGACAUCAGUAGUUUUACCACUAAACAACUUUGAAAGUCAAAUUAUUUGACUGUAUGUAAUUAGCUUAUGUAUGGUUUCUAAAGAUGCCAAUUAUUUCUAUCUACCGUGAUAUUAAAUUCAUAUGUUUCUAAUAAACGACUAGUGUUUGAUCCGACUAAAUAAAAAACAUUUUUUAUGUAAUUGUAUCGUAAUCAAAUGUCUUGACGGUUUAUCAAAUUUUAAAUCACACUAUGCCCUAAGUCUAUUAUGUUAUAUUCUUAGUAACUCUAAAGAUUAAUCAUUCGCGAGAUAAAUUGCGUAUGUGGGGGCCACUGGAGGGACGAUGGCCUCUUAAGUAAUAACGUUGUCAUUCAAUAACACGACUGUGUAGGUAAGUCGCAAUGUUUUUAAUGCCCGUUAACUAAUGAGAGUUAUUACUUACUUUUAAACUUUUGAAUGAGUUGGCAGAGUGACACGAAACUAUGUUUAGAAGCGAUAUUUGUAGCCCUGCCUGUUGGGUUUUUAACGUCAUAAUUUCAUACAAAUGUGUCCUUAGCACCUGUGUAGUGUAGCUUGGCACGUCUCUUUCUACAUUUUGAUAAAAGCGACUUUUCUUUAACUAAUUAACUUCUUAACCAUGUAACCAGACUUUGGCUGUUACUAAUGAAGAUUGGGUAUCUUAUCCUGUAAAAAAGUGGUGGGUAAUUUAGGAAACGAAUGGGAUCUAUUUUCUAUUUAAGUAUGUAUGAAUAUUAGGUAUAUCAAAAUAAUUUCUUAGGUAGGUAUAUAAAGAAGGUUAAAAACCUAAAGGAUUACUCUAAAAAUGAUCUUUGACUGCGUAGGCCUGUUUUAAAACAAUAUAGAUCUAAAUUCUAACGAUUGUAAUGUCUGAUUUGGAGCUAGAGAUAAGCAUGUUGUAUCGUUUAAAAAAACCGCAUGAACGCUAACUAAAUUAUUUGCAAGAAAUCCUUUGGCGGCCAGGGACGAGGUAAACCGCGCCUUUGUCAAGUAGAGAGUAUACGUCGUCAAAUUAGGACCCCUAUAAGGUUACCAAUUAUUUGUAAUUGAAAGUUGCGUAACCAUUAUAAUAAUUUUUAUAUGUACUUUGUUACAAUAAUAAAAGUUUUACAAAUAAUUUUGCUAAUUGUCUUAAGUAUUUCAGAUAAAAAUGUCCUUUUUGCACCUGAAGCGUAAUGACUGUGAUCAAUUACAACCGUCCAAUUUUUGAUCCUUGUGUUUGUUUCAAUUUUUGCUCAAAGAGACUGAGGCGCAAUGUACAUUUGACCAAAAGUUGGAUAGAUUUGUGGCAUGGCGCCCUUUCUGUGACGGAAAAGAAAAACACAGUCAUUGCACCCUUUAGCAAAAUUAUAUGUAAAUACCUAAUUUAUCUGUUCGAUAACCUGAGUAUGUCCGUUCGAUUUAUUCCGUAAGCGUCAAGGGUACGGAUUUUGGGUUUCAUCAUAUUGACAAUAAGUAUCAUAUCAGAAGAACAAACUAGUAGAAGCUCGAGUAGUUUUAGCUAUUGUCGUGUGUCGAGAAUGUGUCUCACUACCAUUAAAACACUAGUGACAUGUACUUCCACUAGUUUAGUCUUCUAUGUACUAUUGUCCACAUCUUGAUUAUGUAUGAUGCGUGAUGUGAUAUGUCAGAAGAUUGUAGGAGGUAGAUUUAAGCAAAUAAAAAUGUCGGUUUAGUACCGAAUCAUGGACUCUUGCCAAUAAUGUAAAUUACGAACGUUAUUUUAAUAAAUAAUUUGUCGUCGUAA